GACAAAUGAGUUUUCAAUACGAACAGUAAGGUUUAAGUAAAUUUUAAAAUUAAUUAUUUAAUUUAUUUAUCAAAAUAACUUUCUCUAUAACGAAGCAGUCAACCACUGGACGUUGUACUUUAAAUAUAUUUUUAUUUUUUUUUUAAUGUUAUUUUCCGUCUUACGAUAAUUUAGCAUAACAAUGACGUUUUACUAAAUAGUUAUAUAUUUCCUGAAAGUGACAUUGAAAUUUAAGUACAAAUAAUUUACAUUCAUUGAAUAAUAAAAAUAAAUCAUAAAAAAGAUCUAUUCAACACACUGUCCCUUUCUAAAGAUCUAUGGACGGCUGACGUCAUGAUUAUGUUGAAAUAGGGGUCGACAUAUUUUAUAAACACUUGCGCUUCAUAGUAUUUUAAAGUAUUUUUAUACUAGACUCGAGUGAGAUCUUAUACUUUAAACUUCCUGAAGUUACUUUCAAUUUUAACGUUCGCAUUUUAAAAAGUCUUUCAUUGAGAUAACAUUAAAAAUGAUUUAUCAGUAUUCAGAUUUGAUGAAGUGGUUUUGUCUUAUGAUUUUAUUAAUUUUACUGGAUAUUAAAAAUUAUUCUGUUGGGAAGUGUAUAAAUAAAGAUAAAAGAGAAAAUUUACCAUCAACCCACGAUGAAUGGUAUCAUCUGAAGCAUAAUAUUACUAAAAGGAGUAUAAGUAAGAAAUCUCACAGCACUAGAGAAGCAAUUAGCAGUUUAGAAUCUGCGAUUGUAACAGCCCUCUAUCAACAAGAAAUUGACGAAGAAAAUAAACGGCUUUUAGAUUCUUUAAAGAAUAUAUUAAAAGUAGCAGAAGAAAUUGACAUUAGUUAUAAUCACCAAUUAUUGCAUCAGUUAUUCAGUUAUAAAAGAAACUCAGCCACGGCUACUAAAAAAUAUAUUGAUAGUACGUUCGAAGAUAACAAAUUGUUACGCAGAUUAUUGUUAAUCGAUGAAUGGUCAAGUGGUUUAGCACAAUAUAAAUUAAAUAGUAAUCCGAAUAAUGUAUAUUCAAUUGCAAUUAAGCACUACUCAAGAAUACAGAAAAAUAAAAAUUACUGCGGUGAGUCAUCAAUUCAAAAUAAAAUAUAUCAACUCUAUGAAUCUUUGUUAGCAAGCGUCAGUAAAGGAUUCACUAUGAUUUAUAUGGCUUACGAAUUCCAACAACGAAGACCUGGAAAUACAGAUAAUCGGCGCCCUGCACAAGUAAUUGUAUUAAAUCAAUAUAAAGAGGUGGUUGUUCAUAUGACCGCUUCAGCAAGCAGUUAUUUGAAGAAAAUCAAUGAAACGAUAUAUAAAAAAUCACAAAAUUGUGAUACGGAUGAAUGGGCUGAAGGUGUGAAUUAUAUUCGUUUAAAGAAUCAUGUUUCGUAUUAUGAACCUAAUACAAAAUGGGAUUGGGAUCAAAAUGCUGAAUACUUAAAAGAUAUGAAGCCAGAAAAAGAAUGCGACGGUACACAAACAUUUUGGAAUCCAUCUAUGCCCGAUGGUGUCAUAUACAGCUUAAACUGUCCAUUCAUUUUCGUCAGUGAUUAUUCAGGAGAUAGCAGUUGUCAACGUUUUCCAAAGAACGAUUUUACGAAAGCUAAAAAUAUAGAUUGGGAAUCAGCAUGUACUACCGGAGAUAAUUCAAGAUUAGAACAAUUAUGUGCUUGCGAUAAACAAUUCGAUCAAGAUACUAGUAUACGAACAAUAAGUUUAAGAGAACAUUACACUGACAGUGCUGAUAGUAGAGUUGUCACCGGAAUACGAUUUAUUGUUAAAAAUAAUAUCGUAAUGAUACAAAUUCGAGAAGGUAAAUUAGUCAAUGGUAUUAUAGACCCCCAAACCGUUAAAUGGAUAGAUGACGAUGGGCAGCAUCCUGAAGUAGGUCCUGAUACAGUUAAGCUCAGUUAUAAUAUACGAGCGUUUGAAUUAGAUGACAUAGAGUUGCCUGAUGAGCAUUUGGUAACAGGAGUCAAACUCAUACUGACAAAUGAAAAGCGCAUAUCAUUAGCAGUAAGAGGAUCGGCUAUGUAUAAUGACAAAAAAAAAACUUUCCCAUCAAUUCACGAUCAAUGGUAUUAUUCAACACCUAAUCCAUAUAAACCAAGAUCUAAUAUUGAUAUAAAAUACUUCAAAAACCCAGUUGAUUCAAAUGAUCUCAAUCAUGAAAUGAGCACUCCAGGAUUGGAUUACAUUAAUUUCUCAUCAUCAGUGUAUUCUUCAAAAGAUGAAAAUGUUGCAAUCAUACCAUUUAUCGAUUCACGCGAGCUUGUUACUAAUCCACCAAUCGCUCUAGGUGGAUUAGGAAUAUUUUACAAUAGCAAACCCGGUUAUGGUGGAUUUAUAGCGUUUAAAUAUAUCACAUCCGAAUAUAAUAUUCUCCUUGACAGAGAUCAUGAUCAAGCUAUAAAUACUACUUUAUCAAACAUACUUAAACAUUUAGAAUGAGAAAAAAAUUAAAUAGAAAUUACUGAAAAUAUUUGUAUCAAGUCUUAACAAAAUCUACCUUACUCGUUUUCUAAUUUCUCAUCGUUUUGCGUACGUUUGGUAAAGGAAAAGAAGGAAAAAAGGGGCCGCUAAUUAGAAAUUUCCGCCAUGAUCAAAACGAAUUUAAAAUUAAAAAAUUUCACAAAUAAAUUUUGUAUUACAAAAAUAAACCUUUUCUUAUACGAUAAUAACUUGAUUAUUAAUAAUGAUUAAUCAUUUCAUGUGAACAAUAAAUACGAAUGAUGUACUGAAAAACGGAAACUGCCAAAGAAUUUAAAAAAAAUUACUGAAAUAUAAUCUGCUGAAGAUGAAGCAUGGCCGCUGCCGCAUUGCUAUUCAAACGCUCACGUUCAGUUUGAAAUAUCUUUAUUUACUUAAAACGCAGUUAUUAUUUUCACAAUAUCAUGCUAAAGAAUUGAGCCCAUUUGGAGUUACAAGUUAAAAGUACGUUAUGCUUUGGACGGUUAAAACAUCGUUUCAAAAAUUGAGGACUUAAAUAAUAUAUUACAUUGAGCGGCAAGCCCAACAUCAAAAGAGCUGAAGCUUGUGAGGCUCAAACUACUUUUUUAAUUUUAACUCGGGUGCUAAUCAAUUUGCAUGAUAACAAGAAUAUCAUAUAGAUUAAAAUCUGUCAAUAAAAUAGUUUAUUUUGUAUAAUUGAAAAAAAUAUAUUUUCUUGACGAUAAUUGUUUUUUAAAUAAGUUAUCUAAACCUUCAGGCUAAUAAUGUACUAUCAUUUUUAAGUCAUCA